AUGGUGCUCUCGCUGCCAGUCCCCGGCUUCUCCAGAUCUUCCACAUCCCGCCCCGAUGCACCAUCUCACCGAAAGUCAGCCUCCGGUUCUUCAACCAGCUCAUCCAGUCGCAAUGUUCGAAACCCAUCUCUAGCACAGACUGGAUUAUCCCCCAACAGCUACUCUAUCACUCUUGAAGCGCUACGGAAUAACCCUUUUGGCAGUAGCUCCCGAUCCCCCGCCCAGCUCUCGACCCACGAAACAGAGGAACACAAGCGGGAACAGGAGGAACUCAAUACUGCACUCGAGACUCUGGUUCGCAUUUUUCCCGAUGUACAGAUAGAGGUAUUCCGCGAGCUGCUGCUACGCUUUGACGGACAGAGCCGGUUACAAGUGUGUGUCGAGGAGCUGCUUAGGCAUAAGAAGAAAUGGGUUUCGGGGCGGUGGAAUCUCUCGGAAGGAACUACUGAAGCCGAGGUAGAGGGAGGUGCUCGCACAGCCCCUAGAGGCGAUGAAUUUACUCGACAUGACAUUGGCGAUGGUAGUUUGGUCCCUCCCGAUGAGCGGUUUCGGUCCGACGAAUACAAGGCCGCCGUGCGGUUGGCUAUGACAAGAGAAUACAAUGGUCUGAACAAGAGCACUGUGGAGGCUGUUUUAGCUGAAGUGAAUUUCAGCUAUGCUCGGGCUCGACCCAUGCUCCGGGAUCUGUCGCGUCGAACAUGGCGCGCGACAUUCAACAGCAUGUUCCCUUCUUUCAGGCGAAAGAAGGACCGCGAGGAACACCCGCUUUUAGUCUGGCAUCGUCGGCCGGAUGGGGAGCUUGUUCCUGUUCAGAAGGAAACCGGAUGUAGCGAGCUGGAUGCAGAGCUCUACGAGAUGUUGUUGGCCCCGCUGUUGCGGCAGAAGCGCGAAGAGCAGCAGGAUAAGGAUUUCCGAUUUGCUUCAGAGUUGAACGAGAAGGAAGCUCAAGAACUUAAUGCCCUUUACGAAUGCGAGUGUUGUUUCGCCGACGUGACAUUCGAGCAGAUCGCGACCUGUUCAACCAACACUCAUGUCAUUUGCUACCACUGCAUUCAAAGAACUGUCUACGAGGCGCUUUUCGGGCAGGGCUGGGGCAAAUCUGUCGAUCUAGAGCGCUCUACCUUGAUGUGUCUUGCACCGCUGUCCGUCGGGUCAUGCGAAGGAUGUCUUCAUCCGGAGAUUGUCAAGCAGGCCAUUCUUCUCGACACGGCUGGCUUCGAGACAUACCGCAAAUUCGAGGAUCGGCUCUCUUCCGAGGCACUUAUGAAGUCUCAACUCAAGCUCGUUAGAUGUCCGUUCUGCUCCUAUGCUGAAAUUGACCCGGUCUACCACCCUUCACCCCGUGGUGUCCGCUGGCGGUUCCGUCGUGACGGUGGUAUUAUACCCACGAUUUUGAUGAUCCUCCUACUCCUUGACCUCGUCCCCUUACUCGUAAUCCCUGUGUUUAUUCUAUUACUCUUGGACCCAGCCACCGUAACAGCGGCCUUCGGGAAUGCCAUUCGCAACCUCUGUCUUAAGAUCCGGCCCAAACGAUUUACCUGCGCCAACCCCUCCUGCUUACGCAUUAGCUGCAUGACAUGUCACAAACCGUGGCGAGAUCCACAUGUGUGUCACGAGCCUUUACUCCUGGAUUUGCGCGCUACCGUCGAGGCUGCCCGCACCGCCGCCGUGAAACGGACCUGUCCCCGCUGCUGCCUCUCUUUCGUCAAAUCAUCAGGCUGCAACAAACUAACUUGCGUCUGUGGCUACUCCAUGUGCUACCUAUGCCGCAAGGCUCUAGGACCACCUCUACGAACCACUGCGCCUGCCCGUGCCCUCCGCGGCUUAGAUGCCUUUGAUGGUCCGGACGAUAUACCCUUUAACGAUGAGCAGGUAGAAGGCAACAUAUCCGACGACGAAUUCGAAGAACCAGAAGGCUACAAACACUUCUGCGAGCACUUCCGCAUCACUCCGGGCUCUCGCUGCACAGAAUGCACGAAAUGCAAUCUGUACCAAGCAGAAGACGAGGAGGCGGUCGCCCGUCGUGCAGGCGAAAAAGCCGAGCGUGAAUGGCGGAUCAGGCAAGGCGAUUCCGGUACUAGCAACCAAACUUCUCUUGAAUUUCGCAAUGUAAACCAAGACCUCUCGGCCGGGGCGGAUGGUCCUGCGAAUCGCCCGACUUCACUUUGGGAUUUGCAACUUAGACCUUCGGGUAAGCCGUGGAUUUACUGGCUCAGUGAUGUGUGGACUGAUGGACGGUGGAAACUCGAGGGUCAGGCUUUUACAGACUGGAUUGUGGAACGGGUUGUCGAAGUUGGGGAUGUAUGA